AUGAGGAAGGGACAAUAUUUCAGGAUCAAAGGACACACGAUCAACAACCAAAAUCUGUUCAUUAACACAGAUUAUGCCACAGAACCAACUGAAACACCAGAACGUCCAGAGGAAACAUCAGAUCAACAAACUGAAGCACAAGAACAACCACAGGAAACACAAAAACAACAAAUUGAAGCACAAGAACAACCAGAGGAAACGCUAAAACAACAAAUUGAAGCACAAGAACAACCAGACGAAACACAAAAACAACAAACUGAAGCACAAGAACAACCAGAGGAAACACAAGAACAACAAAUAGAAGCACGAGAACCAGAGGAAACACAAGAACAACAAACUGAAGCACAAGAACAACCAGAGGAAACACAUGAACAACCAAAGGAAACACAAGAACAACAAACUGAAGCACAAGAACAAUCAGAGGAAACACAAGAACAAACUAAAACAUUUAACAUUAUUGUAAGCAACUGUAAUUCCUCGUUCCCUAUCUUGAGUCAUGUUAGUGAUAUUGUUUUAUCUGUGUAA